AUGUGUUAUGAGCUAUAUAGAUGCAAGACGCAAGAAAUCCCUCCGAUAUAUAUGCAGCCUGGAUUCCUCUCGUUUUUCAAGAAGAACGGGGGCAUACUUCUCGACUGUGACUCGGAGAUAACAGUUCGCUGGAUGAAGGUAGCCAUUAAAUUCGUGAAAUUAACGACUGGAUGCGCUCUGCAGGUCGAGGAAAAGCAAGCCCUGGACAAUCGCUUCCUGGUGGAAGGCAGGGCGACUCAUUCCAGAUUUACUGGAAGGAAUAUAGUGGAAGAGCAACGGUUCAACGCUGGGUUGGAUACCUCUCGUUGGAGGGUAAUAAGAGAGAAACAGACGAGGUCUGGUUUGAUAAUCACACUGGAGAUGGAGGGUCGCUCGGUGGGCACCCUCAGGAAGAGGCGUAACCGCCUCUCGCUGGACCAGGAUGGAGUGCACAAGUUUAAUAUACUUACGGUGUCGCCAGCGAAGAAUACGCGACGGUCGAGGGAGCCGGAAGAAAUCGACAUCACGGAGGAUGACUUCUUGGCCGAUCUGGGAGGCGAUGCUGUUGUUGACAACCCGCUGGUCGAGGAGGUCGUCGACACGGCUGGUUCAGAAUUGAACGAUACCACUACCAUAGAGGAAGUUCCCUCGCAGAGGAACGAGGAACCUCCCUUUGAUGCGUCAGGGGACGAAUUCAUAUUGUCCGCGAACCUGGAGGGGUUCGAGGAAAUGGAAAUCGGAUUGGCCCAGGAGACGGUGCGUGUCGUUAAAGAGGGACGAGCCAGGGGUUCGUCGACGCCGUUCAGGUGUCGUGCCAAGGUCGAGGAUGGCUUCGCCUAUGGCAAAGAAAAGGUCAAGGGUAAAGCGGCGGCAGCCGCGCGGAAGGGUACAGAUAAUGAGGACGACUCGGGAGUGGCAAGCGCGGACAAGGAUUCUUCCGGAUCAUCGUCUACGCUGUUAGUAUCUUUGCCCCUGGAGGAAACAACGGGGAUGACAGAGGCGGCUCCGGCUGUCGUGAGACAACUGAUGACAAAGCCUUUAGCGAAAAGAGAGGGGCACAAAGGAGGACAUAAUAGGUCAAAGAGCGAAAGGAGUGCUAUGAAAUAGAGGGGGCACGCUGAUGUUGCGAAUCGGUCAAAGAAAGGAGUCGGAGAUUGAUGAUUCGCCAUGGACAACUGCGAGACGGAAAGAGAUUCCAAUCCACACCUGUGGAACUUGUCACGGCUGAUCCGAAGAUAGAGUAUAAGUACGGCGGGGUGUUCGGAGAAUAUAAUGUAAUGUUAGCAUGUUAGUUGCUAGACUGUAAGUGAUCGCGAGACGAGACACCCGGUUUGUUUUGUUGCAUUAACGCGUUCGGUCGAUAGAAUCAUGUUCAGGAAUUGACCUCUCUAA